AUGCAGCCGUUUUCUGUUGUAUUUUUUCUUGCCUCAGUGUGUUUUGCAUCAGCCUUUGAUAAAAGAAUUGUCAGGGCUAAUGGCAUCUUUGCAAGCAGAACAAAUGUCAGUGUGAUAUCUGUUAAUAAUGGAGGGCUGUGGGGCUAUUGGACAUGGGUAGACAUGUGUCCAGAACAUUCAUAUGCCAUUGGAUUUAGUAUAAAGCUGGAGGAGUAUGGAGGAGUUGGCGUCGACGACACAUCACUCAAUGGGAUCCGCUUAUUCUGUUCACCUGAGCAAACCAGGAACGUUAUGUAUACAGUUGAAUCUGAUACAGGAGAUUUUGGAGAGUGGUCAAAGAUUAGAUGGUGUCCACAAGACGGUGCUCUAAAUGCCUUUCAGCUGAAAGUUGAACCUUACCAAGUAGUGAAUGAUAACACAGCGGCAAACAACAUCAAAUUCCGUUGUAGCAAUGGUGUUCUCAUGGAAGAAGUUGGUGGUCUUUUUGGUGACUACAGUGAGUGGAGCAAGCCCUGCCCUAAUGGUAAAAUUUGUGGCAUUCAAACGAAGCAGGAGUCAUAUCAGGGCAUUAUGAUAGAUGAUACAUCACUGAAUGAUGUUCGCUUCUUCUGUUGUAAUUAA